AUGACUGUUGUGGCUGCAGCUGUAGCAACCGUGGGGUCUACGGCAUUUAGCCAAGGUGUUGCAGCUGCCAGUAAGGUGUUAGACAGCAAGGCGAACGAACUUGUUGUCAACAUUGAAAAGAAUCCAGCCUUGAGCCAUCUGAUUCAAUUGGCAGACAAACUUGUGGAUGUUGGCAAGGUGGUUCCUUUUAUUGCACCAGCUUUUGUCAUCUUAAAGAUCAUCAUUGAUGUCGAGCAAAAGGCCAGGGAUGUUGAUGCAAAGUGUACAGAUCUUCUGGAGCGGAUCAAUUUCAUGGUUAGCAAUCUCACUGUACUGGAAAAGAUCCCGAUUAAUGACUCCAUCAAAGUUGUAAUUGACAAGACGAACAAUACGUUGAAGCAGGCUGCGUCGCUCAUUCAGACAUAUCGCAAGCAAGGUACCAUUGCAAGGCGCUUGAACAUGAGCAAUAGUCAGAACUUCAUUCAGAUGGCAGUCGAUAUUACAACUUGUACACAAGAUCUGAUGCUGAGUCUGCAGAUCCAGCAGACAGGGGAUCUUUCUGUUCUCACUAGAGCGGUUCCUUCUGAUACUAAGGAUGAUGAAGCAAGACUGUUUGUUCAACAGCACGGUGGUCAUUCUGUUGUCAUUAAUAGCCCAGAGCUAGUAGAAGAGUUUGCAAAAAAGAUGCACUUGACCAUGAGUGAUCAGGUUAUGGAGCAAAUGCAGUCCAACAUGGAGGAUCUCAUGGAUGAAAAUCAGACCAAAAUCGAAGCGCUUCUCAAAGAGAAUUCAUCCAAUGUUGUUGCAGAGACCAUUAAAGUCUUGGCCACUCAGAUACGUGGAAACGACGCAGAACAGCGGUUGACAUGCGUUCAGUGCGACAAGGAGUAUCAAGAAUCAGCAAACGGCCCUGCGGCGUGCUCAUUUCACAAGAGCAUGGAGCAGGGUGGUUCAUACUCUUGCUGUGGCAAGAAGUCGCCUUGUACUUAUUCCUCCCAUCGCUCAGCUCACCAUUGCGAGUACCCUUACACAGCUUUCUACGAUUUUGCCUUUGCAAUCUCGGGCUACACCGACACGAAGGAAGAGUGGGCAGAGAUAGAAGAGGAAGAUAUGUUGACUGGUACGGUUCAGAAGGCGUGUGUGAGUAAGCUGCUGCGUUGGCGCAGUCACCACGAACGGAUCAAGAAACCAAUGAUGAUCAUUCAUGUUGGUCGUGUCAGCUAUGAUAAUCCUUACUACUUCCAGGCCUUCGGAGUCGAUGACAUCAAGGCGACCAAUGCGUCUAUCCGUAAGACGGGCACAUCCCUGAUUUUUAGAACGACCCUAGAUAAUGAUGCGUAUGCAAUGGCUGAAUGGGUUAUAGAUCCGUCCGGAAUGAUCAAUGGAAUUAAGAUUUCCUGCAAAGUUGCUACCAGCGAGUCUGCAACCACUAAGCUAGUCCCUCUGGACAUCGAGACAGUCUCUCCAUCGGGUGAGAUUCAGACCCUGUCCAAAGUGACCUUCAAGGUCUACAGGCCUGCGGAGCCUUACAAACUGCCAGAGAUCCGCUAUGUUGGCCACACUUUACCCAUGACUCCUCUUCGAGAGGUUCGUCAGUUCAAAGUCAGGACAAAAUUGCCGAUCGUUAUGAUCCCUGAAGGCAAGAUGAAGGCAAACGGGGAUGGAGGGUUUGUUCGCAGAGACGCAGACAAGUUCAAAAGUAUGAUUCGUAUCUUUAACAAGACUCCGCCCAGUAGCCAAACAUAUGUCACGUUGGCCUCUUGCAAAGCCGAAUAUCGUAUUAUAGGCGAAAAAGAAUAUAAGGAGGUCAAUGGGUUGGAUCUGGGCGGUAUUAAAUUUCCAGUCUCCAUUGGGCCUAUGCAAUCAGCUGAUAUUUCAUUUGAGGCUAUUGUACUCCGCACACAAGAGCAAGCGGCUUUGAUGCUAAGUUGCUGGGACUGGGCCUUGGUUGCGCUCCAUAGUCCCAUUCGUAUCCGCUUGACGUUUACGGACAUCGAGGGUGAAGAAUGCUCGUUCAUCCAAGAGUAUAUUCAUCAGCCUUCGCUUCAUAUGGCAGUCAAAAAUGAAGAAAAGGACCUGCUUUUUCUGUAUAUCGACAAUAUGCUUGAAGGAACCCGCAGCGCCAUCCGUGUUUCUAAACCCAAUGACUCGGACACCGUUGUCGAUGUCAAUGGGACUAAAUACACAAUCGCAGAGUUGAACAGAAUUGUGUACAAGGCUGAAAAGGAUGGCAUCACAGAGGUGCUUCUGGAUUGCGGACGGAGUUCUGAAGAAUACAAAUGGGAUGCUUGGGCACUAGUUGAUUUGAGCUGUCGACGAGUGUAUGCGUUCAAGAUUCUUCUAUCUGAAGGAUACUCUAGGUCUAAGAAGGUGGCCGCUGCACUCGGGUAUGCAUUAUGUCCACUUUAUGGUGAAGAAGAUGGAGUUGCAAUUGAAGAAAGGCCUAUUAGAUAUGCGGAUGAGAAAUCCACCUUUCCAGAUCUUGAAUCCCAAGAAGUCCCUGCAAUUAUGGUAGAUGAUGAUGUCGAUGAUGAUGUCGAUGGUAAAAAGGAGCCUGCCAUUGCUAUUGCAACCGCAGCUUCUUCAUCUGUCGCUGCUGCAAUCUCGGAAGUGGUUAAGGUGACAAGUUCAUUGGAUACUGCAACCUUUUUGAGUAGUAUGGCAAGUCUGGAAAAGCGAAUUGAGUCGUUGGAUACGAAUGUUGCCCGCAUGGCUACUGCAUUGGAGAAACUAGUGGACAUUUUGGGAUCUUAA